UGUAUGGUUGCAAGUUUUAUCUUUUCUAGUCAACAAAAUACCGAACCCACUAACUUCAACUACUCAUGGUCACGAGGUUCUUCUUCCUUUAAUCAAACAAAUUUGCAGAUGGUAAUUGAUGCUUUACAAACAAAGUAUUUUGUGAGGCAGGAUUCUUCUGAAUCACCCAGUAAACUUUUGUAGAAUCAUGCUUCGCAUUUCGGCCGAAAUGCACCAUUCUGUUCCUAAGGAAAGUGGGUCAAGCUUGACUGAGCUACGAAAGGAAGUAGGGGCAGCAAAAGAGAUACAUUUAACGGAUGAUAAAAAUAAUGUGUCUGAGUUGCCAAAAUGUCCAAACUGCUCUUCACUGAUUGCGUUGUAUUUGCAAGGGAAUUAUGAGCUGACGGCUAUUCCUCCCCUAUUCUUUCAGCGCAUGGCCCUUCUCCAAGUAUUGGAUUUGUCUCGUACUAGCAUCAAAUCUUUGCCAAAAUCUCUCCCCAAGUUGGUUGCACUAAAAAAACUCUUGUUACAAAGUUGUGAUCUCUUCAUGGAACUAUCACCUCAAGUUGGGAAACUCAAAAAUCUUGAGGAGAUUGAUCUUGAUGAUACUCAGAUCAUCAAUUUACCUAGAGAGACUGGAAAACUACUCAAGUUAAGAAAGUUGAAAGUAUCAUUCUAUCAUUUAUCUGGAAAAAAGAAGCCGAUGUCAAACAUUUUGAUUCACCCUGAGACGAUAUCAAAUCUCUCACAACUUGCUGAGUUAAGCAUUGAUGUCAAUCCUGCAGACAAGAGGUGGGAUGAUUCUGUGGAGGCUGUUGUGAAGGAAGUAUGCAACUCAAAAGCAUUGAAAAUUCUUAGCUUGUACCUUCCGGAAUUCCAGCUUUUAGAUAAUGCAUCAUUGACAUAUCCUUCCUUGUCAUGCUUUAGGUUUACUGUUGGUAAUCAUAAAAGGAGAAUCAUAUCUCGUGUACCUCAUGAACUUGAAGCAGAAUUCAGAAGUUGGGACAAAUGCUUGAAGUUUGUGAAUGGCAAAAACAUCCCGGUUGAAAUAAAAGGGGUACUGAAAUAUUCCACUUCAUUUUUCUUGGACCACCAUGCAACCGCUGUGACACUAUCUGAAUUUGGAAUCGAGAAUAUGAAGGGGCUAAAAUUUUGCUUGCUGGCAGAAUGUAAUGAAAUGGAAACACUUAUUGAUGGAGAUAUGCAUUAUGAAAGAAAUGAAGAUGAUCAAUCUGAAUCUGACUCUGGUUCUGUAGAAUGUGUGCUUGAGUUCCUAGAGCAUUUGAGCAUUUAUUACAUGGAGAAUUUACGGAGUAUUUGGAGAGGACCAAAUCGUUUUGGAAUGUCCAAGUUGAAAUUCCUAGCAUUGCACACAUGCCCCCAGCUGACAAAAAUUUUCUGUUAUACUUUGCUUGAAAAUUUUGUCAACUUGGAGGAGAUAAUUCUUGAGGACUGUCCCCUAGUCACAAGCCUUGUAAGUCAUUCAUCCGUCAAGCCAAUGAUGUCGGAUAAAAUAUUUCUUCCAAGUUUGAAAAGAUUGCUUCUUCUUUACCUUCCUGAACUGGUCAGCAUUUCGAAUGGCCUAUUGAUAGCACCAAAGUUAGAAAGCAUAGGCUGUUACAAUUGCCCGAAGCUUACAAGUAUAUCAAAAAUGGAAUUGUCAAGCAAAAAUUUGAAGAUAAUCAAAGGAGAAUGUCAAUGGUGGGAGGAUAUGAAUUGGAGUGCAACGGAGUGGGGAAAUCAACCAGAUUAUCUGAUGCAUAUCUUUUGCCCUAUCGAUAAUGAGAAAGAUGUGAUGACACAAUUGGUAGAAGAUGUACAUCUACUUAAAGCAACCAUACACAAUGAAGGCCAACAACUACGUGAUGAAAAGUUGAUUGAAGUUUCACCACAAGAUCAUAAAAGUCAGUGCUUGGAGUCUCCUUCAGCAUGUGUACUUCCAUCCAAUCUAUUAUCAAGGACUUCCCAUGCACCUGAACAAGGAGGAAUCUAUACAUCAGAGAGGAACAAGAGUCCCGCAGAUGAUUAUUGUGAUGCGGCUUCAAAAGUUUUUGAAGCAGACGCUGAUGAAGAUGAACCAAAGGCCAAAAGAUGGAACUGUUCUGGGACUGAAAAAACCAAUAUCAUAAGUUCUGCAAGCGAACUCAUGAGAGGGAAUAGAGCUGAAAACCAAAUCAGAAGUAAGGUAUUUGAUGAUGGUUAUAUAUGGAGGAAAUAUGGAAAGAAAUUGGUCAAGGGUAAUUCCUUUCCAAGGUCAUACUACAAAUGCUUGUCAACGGGUUGUCCAGUGAAGAAGCGUGUUGAGCGAGACUCCCAAGAUACAAGCUUUUUUAUCACCACCUACCGAGGGAUACAUAACCAUCUACAGAGGGAUGUCAGGGGGUUUCAUAAGCUGCAGUCUCAACCUUGCAAUGAUCAUAGGGCCAAUAAUGUCGAAGAUGCUGCUGAGGCAUCCAAGACUGUUAGCCCUGCAAGAGGAUAUGAAGAUGUAUUUGAAGCUUCAAUACUAGAUCAAGAAGGACAUCCAGUUAUUCCCGAAGCUUUAGUACGCGACGAAUCCCAAAAAUCAGAUGUCACAGCGGAAAGGACGAGGGAAAAUGCUAUAAAUAUAAUUCCAUCUACUUUGCCUGCCGUGACUCCUCUUGGUCCUGGGUUAAUGAGACCAGCUAAGCUUCAAGAUCACCCUGUUCUGAUGGACAACUCCAAUGUUUCCCCAUCUCCUACUACAGGAGAUUGUGCAGUGCAGUCUUUGGAUCAGAAAAACAAUGCAGGCGAUGACCAGCAAACUAUCAGUCAGGAAGACAAUAACUCCACAUUAGUCUGUCCCAUGCCCCAACCUAGCCCCUCUAAUUCUUGGUCAAUGAUACCUCAACUUCCUGCAACAACGCUUCCAACUAUGCGAUUACAAACACAGAGUUUUGAACAACUUGCCAAACAAAACCAAUCUUAUGAGAAACAUUACCCACCAAUGCUGGGUGAUGAAGUUUGGCGUCUGGAAAAGAUUGGUAAGGAUGGAUUGUUCCAUAAAAAUCUAGCCUCUAUGGGCGUUAACACAGUGCAAGACUUCUUGAAAAUGUUGAUCGUCCAUCCUGGCAAGCUUAGAAGGAUAUUUGGCGUUCGAAUGUCUGAGAAAAUGUGGAAUGUCACAAUCAAGCACGCCAAAACUUGUGUUAUGGGAAACAAACAUUAUGUUUUUCAAGGCUCGGAUUACAGAAUCAUGUUAAACCCCAUUUGCCAACUAAUCAAGGCAGAGAUUAAUGGCAGUAUAUAUCCUACUCACAAACAAAGUGAUGUUGACAGAGCAUAUCUUAAAGAUUUGGUGAGACAAGCAUAUGUAAAUUGGUCUUCCUUGGAAGAGAUAGAAGGAAUUUCCAAUGAAAUUGGCAAUCUCAUACAAGGAGAUCAUGUGGUGGACCAGUAUCCCGAUCAUUCACAAAUCAUGGUUUGGCCAUCUACAGCAACAGGAGAUUGUGUGUUGCCGUCAUUGAAUCAGAAAAGCAAUCCAGACAAUGACCAGAAAGCUAUCAGUGAGCAAGACGAUAAUUCUGCCCGGGUCUGUCAUCCGCCGCCACCUUCCUCCUCUGCUCCUUCAUCAAUGAUAUCUCAACUUUCUGCAACCGCGCUUCCUCCUGUGCGAUUACAAGCACAGAGUUUUGAAGAACUUGCCGAACAAAAUCAAAGCAAGGGUAAUUUACAAUCUCAACCAUGUUGCUGCAAACAGGACCCUGGUGGCCCAGCUAAGAAGUCAGUUGAGAGGUCACUAGAUUGGCAGACAACAGAGGUUAUCCAUAGAGCUUCCCAUAACCAUCCCAAGUCACAGCCUACUAAAACUUCGUCACUAUCUGCAUUUUCUCGCAUACUUCGGGCUUUCAAUCAUCUUACCAUCAAAAUCCCUGAUAAGUCCUUUGUCACGUAUGAAGGUGGGAAAAUGGAUGAUGAUGGUUCGGUUCUUUUUAUAUCAGUAGCGGAUGAAGAAAAACUUCAAAGUACAAUGAUUAAAAAUUUUUAUGAGCUAUCUGAUAGAUGUAAAGUAACCCUUGGUGUAAAUGUUCAGAAGGCCAAAAAAAGGAACCCUGCAAAAACAACCGUGUUCAAGUUAUCUGCCACCGCUUCUAGUUUCAGGGAGAUGGUACAAAGUUUCACUGGGAUGCGUAAUGAAGCACCAGAAGAAAUAAGAACAGAAAUAGCAAGGAAGAAAGCAUGGUAUGCAAACCUGAAAGAAAUCAGUGGCAAGGAUAUACAUUGUAUAAAGCAGAAUGUAGAUGGACUGAAUGAAGCCGAUGGGAUCGAGUUGAUUGAGAAUCAUUCAAGCUGAUCAUCCAGUCAUACCCUGCCACCUGAAAGGAUUAUCCUGAGCCACGAUGGUACUAGAAAUAGAACUACACACUUUAAUACUAAUAACAUGAAAAAUAAUGUAUGCCUGCCAAACAUACAUGAGUAGUUUUUGUUUUAUCUAUGUUCUGAAUGUAUACUUCAAUAAUUUAUAAAUAAAUAGAACUAAUAAAA